UUAAGCUUUUUUCUUUAUUGUAUUAUUUUUUAUGUUUAAGCAACAUAGAGCGAUCUUAUUAUUUAUAGUUACUUUCAUUAGUUUUCUUGGGCUAUUUUAUUAUUACUUUCAUACUGGACCAGACUUAUCAACAAGCCCGACUCUAGUUCAACCUUCAAUUAAAGAUGAUCCUAAUCUUAUCAAUCCUCAUCAUUUACAAUGGAAGAAUAAAACACGGGCUAAUGCAGCCUUUGUCAUCUUGACAAGAAAUGGUGAAUUAGAAACAUUAAGAAAGACGAUUCAACAAUUAGAAGCAAGAUUCAAUCACAAGUUCAAUUAUCCCUACGUAUUCCUAAACGACGUCGAAUUCACACAAGAGUUUAAAGAAUUGACCUCGAGUAUGACAAGUUCAAAGACGGAGUACGGUUUGAUACCCAAAGAACACUGGAGCUAUCCAGAUUGGAUUGAUAUUCCAAAAGCGGACGAAGCAAGACAAAACAUGACUGAAGCCGGUAUUAUUUAUGGUGAUAGUCUGUCUUAUAGACAUAUGUGCAGAUUCAAUAGUGGCUUCUUUUAUCGUCAUCCACUUGUUGAGAAAUACGAAUAUUACUGGAGAGUAGAGCCUGGUGUAGAGUUUAUGUGCGAUAUGGAUUAUGAUCCCUUUUUGUAUAUGAAGGAAAAUAACAAAAAAUAUGGCUGGACCAUUUCUCUUAUAGAAUACGAAUCGACCAUACCUACCCUCUGGAAGACAGUAGUAUCGUUCAUGAAGAAGUAUCCACAAUACAUCCCAAAGAAUAAUCUUGUAGACUUUAUAUCCUAUGAUGGAGGCAGAACCUACAACCUCUGUCACUUUUGGAGCAACUUUGAAAUUGCUGAUCUCAAGUUCUUAAGGAGUCCAGAAUAUAGUGCCUUCUUUGAUUAUUUGGAUAGAACAGGAGGAUUCUUUUAUGAGAGAUGGGGUGAUGCGCCUGUUCAUUCGAUCGCUGCUGGAAUAUUUUUAAAUAAAUCAGAAGUAUACUUCUUUAACAACAUUGGAUAUAGGCAUGAACCUUUUGAACAUUGUCCUCUUGCAAGAGAAUUACAAAAGAAAUGCCACUGCAGUGCUGAAGACAGUUUUGAUAAUACGCCUCAUUCUUGCUUACGUCGAUGGAUGGAAAUUUCAUAAUACUUGUAUGAUUAUUAUAAAGAGAAACCCUUUACACACGCGUUUUCUUUUUUUUUGGAGUUAUAAAAAAGAGACCACUCCGCCUAAUAUCUUUUUUUUUUUUCCUUAAAAUUUUCUUGCAUAAAAAUGUUUAAACAUGACCAUUUGAGGAAAGCAUUGCCUGUACUAAAGACGGAUAAAGAAGUAGAAGAAGAAGGUUUCGAGAGACUGUCACUAGAUUUACCUUCUUUCCAUGUCACGGAAGAACCGGAAUCUAUAAAGAAAACAAACGACCCUAUUGUAAAGACUAGGCUGGCUGAAAGAAGUGGACCUUAUGUGGCUAGACACAGUAUUGGCUUUGACGUGCCAGGAGCAGUACAUACGAUCAUGACACCGAGUAUGUAUGUUG